GUGUACUUUUACGUUUCCUACCAUGUACUUUGUAUUUUGCGGCACUUGUCGCGGAUGGUGUAAUAAUGGCUAGCCAAUAUUAACCGUCAAGACAAAAAUGAAACGCUAGGACGACUCGGUACUUUUAUGUGAGUGCUGUGAUUACUCUUACUUGUUAAAGUGAUGCUAGUUUGCUGAUCCAAGUUAGAAUGUUAAAUUCCGUUUCAACCUAAGUCAACCGAAAAAGUGAUUUUUAAUUUUUAUUUUUUUUUAUUUUUAUUUUUUAUUUUUAACAACGCAAAGCUAACUCACGGAAGACAAAAGCGUUUAUCUAAGCGUUUAUGUCCGUGUUUAGCCGCCAUAUAGAAUAGAAUUGUAUUUUAUUAUAUUUUUUCUUUUGUGUCUGCGAGAGCGACUCAUCCUUUUUUGGUGUUCCGGAAUGUGAAGUAGGACACGCCCACUUGUGCAAACUGUUUGACGUCACUGGAUCUCGAGCUAAAUGUAUAUAAGCCUCAACAGCUGUGGGUUGCAGUAACUACACGAGUGCUGUGAGUUUGUGUGUGCUUUCCCAGAUUAGUGACUCCUGAUUUUAUUUUAAUCUAGAACUCCCCAUCGAUUUUCACUGAAGAUUCAAAUCUACACAUUUAAUUGAGAGUCAUCAUGUCUCAGCAGCAGAUUAGUGUAAUCUUCUCCUUGCAGUCUUCCAGCCAAGCUCAUCAACGGCGGCAUAGCCGGCAUUGUGGGCGUCACUUGCGUCUUCCCCAUUGACUUGGCAAAAACGAGGUUACAGAACCAGAGACAUGGGCAGCAGGUCUACAAGAGCAUGAUGGACUGCCUUUUGAAAACAGUUCGAUCCGAGGGCUACUUUGGCAUGUACAGAGGUGCCGCCGUGAAUUUGACUCUAGUGACGCCCGAGAAGGCCAUUAAACUGGCCGCCAAUGACUUUUUCCGCCACCACUUUGCGAAAAAUGGGCAGGGUUUGACAGUGUUCAAAGAAAUGCUGGCAGGCUGCGGUGCGGGCAUGUGCCAAGUCAUUGUCACCACGCCCAUGGAGAUGCUCAAAAUACAGUUACAGGAUGCGGGCAGACUCGCUGCCCAGCAACAAAAGCCAGUCAUGGCGUCUCCCUCCAAGCUGGUGGCCACCAACACGCUGCUCAGCCGCUCCUACAACUCGGGAACUGUGAGCGCGAUGAUGGCGCCGCGACCCGUGUCGGCAACGCAGAUCGCCAAGGAGCUCCUCCGCACGCAGGGCAUACAGGGGCUCUACAAAGGCCUGGGGGCCACACUCAUGAGGGACGUCCCCUUCUCCGUGGUCUACUUCCCGUUGUUCGCCAACCUGAACCGACACGGCCAGCCGAGCGCCGACCAGUCGUCUCCUUUCUACUGGGCCUUCCUCUCGGGGUGCGCGGCGGGCUCUGCCGCUGCGGUAGCCGUCAACCCCUGUGACGUGGUCAAGACCAGACUGCAGUCACUGAACAAAGGUUCCGCAGAGGAGACUUAUAGUGGAGUAGUCGACUGUGUCAGCAAAAUCUUGCGCAAGGAGGGACCGUCCGCCUUCCUGAAAGGCGCCGGCUGCCGGGCCCUGGUCAUCGCCCCGCUGUUCGGCAUCGCCCAGGUCAUGUAUUUUGUCGGUGUGGGCGAGUACAUCCUGGACAACUCCCCUCUCGGCGUCCUGUCGCCGUGAGGUGCCACCGCUGCCGCGUGCGCACGGGGGACCGCUCGGAAACAAGAAGGAUAGCCGCUACUGGCAGCUACGUUCUAUCAGUUUACAUCCACGCUAGGAGGAAGCAGAAGAGUUGUUGCACUUGAAACACUUUUGGUGGCUUAACUCUCGCUCGGCCUCAGCCCGCGUUUGCACUUUGACGAUGUUACUCCGUUUUUUUUGUGUUUUUUUUGGGUCCGAAUAUCUCCUUUUUCCACCUCCAUGAGGGCAGGAGGAGCUAAAAGAGACACACCUGUUUUAUUUUCAGUGUUUUACAUGGUCUCUAUUUGUUCCUUAGUUACCUGUGGGUGACGCCAUUGAAAGCCUCCCUACACGUGAAGUCGUUAAGUGUAAAGAGCUUUUUUUGUUACCACCUCGUCACUGUGAAUCUCCUCCAUGCACAUUGUGUGCGUGUCAGUGAAUGUGUUCUGUCCACAUAGUCCGUUCAUUUGCAUAUGCAUUUACAUGAAAUUUCAUCUGGCGACGAUGCCUUUGAGUGAAAAAAUUAUUCCACUGUUCAUGCAACUUUUUUUGUACUGUGUAUGUAUGACUAUACACACAUUAAAUAAUGCAAUCUA